GCCUUGCCAGCUCUUCUAGGACAGGGAGGUACAACCAACUCGGGGGGCCCGGCCCGGUCAUCACACAAUUUUUCACAUCAUCCUGGCAACCAACACGCCGACACGGCGACUGUUCACAGCAGCACCAGCUCCAAUUCGGUUGGCAACUCUGGCAACCUGCAAGCAGGACAAACCCAGCCAUUACUCCCACAACCAGCUGGUCAAAUGGCUCCGGGUAGCGGGUUUGCUGUUUUUCCAGUGAGUGUGUGGAGUCAGGAAAGAGUAUUGCGCAAAUUCACAGUUGACGGUUAUCAAAAUCAAUUAAUGUUUUGGCCACAUCAUUAA